GGCGUUGGUUUUAUGUUCUUUAAUCUCUCUCUCUAACUCUCUCUCUCUUCACGGUGGUGGUUCGACUCGAGAUCAGGAGGCGGCGGCGGCUGUUACAUAUGAUCAUAAUCGGAGAAAUGGUCCGGCGAGUUCGAGAGAUAAUAUCGAUGAUUUUCUUUGCAGUAUUUUCGAGUACCACCGGACUGACGCCGCCGUACUGGAGUCGAGGAGGCGGAGCGAGCUGCAGUCCCUGCCUGAGCUGGCGGCUGGCUGCGGAGGUGAACAAUGUUGAGCCGUGGAGGACGGUGCCGGCGCAUUGCUUCAGCUGCAUCGGAGCUUACAUUACCGGCGGGCAGUACCAGCACGAUCUCCGAUUUGUGGUGGAACAAAUUCUGAGCUACGUGGAUGGAAUUCCGGUGGCCGGCGACGGAUUUGAUGCUUGGAUUCUUGAUGUGGAUGAUACUUGCAUCUCCAAUGUUGAAUAUUAUAAAGUUAAGAGAUAUGGGUGCGACCCAUACGAUCCGGUAGCAUUUAGGUCAUGGGCGAUGGAAGGAGCAUGUCCGGCAAUCCAGUCGGUGGCGGAGCUCUUCACAAAGCUCAUCGAAAGUGGCUUCAAAGUCUUCCUUAUCACCGGCAGAGACGAAGAGACUUUCAGCCAAGUAACCGUCGAGAAUCUCCACCGUGAGGGCUUCGUCGGCUAUGAACGCCUAAUCUUAAGGUCUGCGGCGGAAAGAGGGCGAAGCGCGGUGGAGUUCAAGACGGAGAUGCGGCGGCGACUGGUAGAGCAAGGGUAUCGGAUUUGGGGCAAUGUUGGAGAUCAAUGGAGCGAUCUUCAAGGUAAAUUUGUGGGAAAUCGUACCUUUAAGCUGCCUAAUCCUAUGUAUUUCGUUCCUUAAAAUCUCAACUAAAUUAUGGAUGGAUAUGUCGAAAGAAAAUAUCGACAUUUAUCCAUUAAAUUAUUUAUCGAUGUAAAUUUAUAGAGAUGUCGAUAAAAUAUCUAUAUAUCGUAUGAAUCAAAGCACUUAUAUGAACAUUGUUUUAAUUGAUAAAUAAAUGUUAUAUACACUUUCAACCGGUUGUGCUAU